UCCCACCAGUACACACACGUCCGCUGUCAUGGAGUUCCUGGUGGUUGUUUUGGCCGUGAUGGGGUUGUGUGGGGCCGCCCCCCACCCACAAGUCAACGUCAACCCCCUCCAUAAGCAUCCUACGCAGCGGUUUCACAGCCUUGUUCCACAGCCGCCACACAGCCUAGCCUCACAGCAGGCAUUUAACCCAGGCAUACAUCAGCAGUCGUUUAGUCAUGCACCACAGCAGUCAUUCAAGGAGUUCCCACAGCAGUCAUUCAAAGAUUUCCCACAGCAGUCAUUCAAGGAGUUCCCACAGCAGUCAUUCAGUCAUGCCCCACAGCAGUCAUUCAUUGAUGCCCCACAGCAGUCUUUCAAGGAUUUCCCACAGCAGUCAUUCAGUCAUGUUCCACAGCAGUCAUUCAAGGACUUCCCACAGCAGUCAUUCAAGGACUUCCCACAGCAGUCUUUCAGUCAAGCACCGCAGAAGUCUUUCAAGGAUUUCCCACAGCAGUCAUUCAACAACUUCCCACAGCAGUCAUUCAAGGAUUUCCCACAGCAAUCGUUCAGUCAUGCCCCACAGCAGAUACAGAAACCUGUCUCUCAGUUGGCAUUCAACACUGCCCCACAGCACUCAUUCCAGCCUGCCUCGAAGCACCCGUUUAAUCCGGCAGCACAGACGCAUGACUUCGUCUCACAGAAAGACUUCAAGCCUGCGUCACAGAAGUCGAGCACAGCCCUCACUGACCCCGUCCAUCCCAAGUGGACAGGCCCCGUGGCUGCCACCGUACCCGCUGGGGUUGACGGCCCCGUCAUCCCUGUAUCCGAUACGAUUGAGGUCGCUGCCGCUAAAGCUGAAUUUUUCAAGGCCUACCAGGCGGAACUAGCAGCAAUAGCGGCAGCUAAAGCCCAUCAGAAACCAGCUGCAGAAGGUACGGCAAUACAUUCCCACAGUGAUCCUGUAUACAACCCAGGCACGCCAGUCCACAGCAGCAAGGGCAACCAGUUCACCUUCAGCACAAUCCACGCCGCAGCCGCCCCUCAGCACGGUAAAAUCCACGGCGUCCCCUCUGUGAGCCAUGGCUUCCACGGCGCCCCUAGUCAAUCUCACGACAGGCCGGAGGUGCAUGCCGUCGGGACGCAGUUCUUCCACGAUAGACAGGCAGGAGCUGCACAAACGGCUCCAGGCGACUAUAUUAUCUACCACUGAACGGUCGACUCUAUUACUUGUUAGUGAAGCUCUUCACUAACCUCACUACGAUGGCUACCCCGUGAUUCCCACCUCAACAGCCAUUGGCCCAAAUGGGACAGUAUCCAUCAAUCUAUUUCUUAACUCGAACGAGGAUAUUGUAAUACCGUGUUUGUGUGUGUUUCAGGGCAAACAUGUCCUUCCGCAACUUUAACUCCUUUGAAAACAGACGAAUUUCAGUGCCAUUAGAAAAAAAAGAUCUUAAAUAUAUUAUAUUAUACCAGUUUCUGAUUAUAUGAUUAUAUAAAACAAGGGUUUGUAUUCUAUUACUAUACUUUUGUAUAUAACUGUGAUCACUAUCAAAGAGUCUAGCAAAUCCGUGUGAAUCCACACAGCUAAACAUCUAAAUACAAUUGUUUAUGAGUAGUAAGUGUUAUCUUCUGUUUCCUUAUAGCUCCAAAGUAUAGAAAACGGCAAUCAAUCCCCCCAUAAACUUUGCUUUGACCUUUCUCUAAGAUAACUUCGAGAAGUCGUCCUGAAGGAACCUGUAGGUUGCCGACUCCUUAUAGCUGUGACACGUUGUUUCAGAAGUCACCAGCCUUCAGGUAUACCUUCAAGACAUCUUAAGCUGUCUAAGACUAAGUUCAAAGCAAAGUCUCAGGACAAUAAUAACCAUUUUCUAUAUUCUUUAGAGGCAUAAACAAUCGGGGACUAACGCAUACUUCCCAGAAAAAUUUGUGACACAGUUUUAUCAACGAAAUGUAUUAUAAGAAAUGUUAUACAAUAUUUAUUAGUGUAUAUACAAUAAAGCAAUGUAUUUG